CAAAGGAGGAAACAUGGCGGAAAACAAAGGAGGCGGCGGCGGUGGGGACGCGGCUGCCGAGGCCGCGCCGGGCGGCGGCGGCGGCCUGGAGCCUCCCGCCGCCUCGCCGUCCGCCGCCGCGCCGCCCGAAGAGCGCGAGAGCCCCGGGGCGGCGGCGGCGGAGCGCGGCGGCGGCGAGGCCGAGGCCGAGGCGGCGGCGGGGCCCGGUGCGGCGGCGGGGCCCGGCCCUAGCCCGGUGCCGCCGCUGACGCCCGCGGCUCCGGCGCCGUUCUCGCUGCUGGACACGUGCGCGGUGUGCGCGCAGAGCCUGCAGAGCCGGCGGGAGGCCGAGCCCAAGCUGCUGCCCUGCCUGCACUCCUUCUGCCGCCGCUGCCUGCCCGAGCCCGAGCGCCAGCUCACCGUGCCCGUGCCCGGCGGCGCCAACGGCGACGUGCAGCAAGUGGGUGUGAUCCGCUGCCCCAUCUGCCGCCAGGAGUGCCGCCAGAUCGACCUGGUGGACAACUACUUCGUCAAGGACACCUCGGAGACUCCCAGCAGCUCCGACGAGAAAUCCGAGCAGGUGUGCACCAGCUGCGAGGACAACGCCAGCGCCGUGGGUUUCUGCGUGGAGUGCGGCGAGUGGCUGUGCAAAACGUGCAUCGAGGCGCACCAGAGGGUCAAAUUCACAAAAGAUCAUAUGAUCAGGAAAAAAGAGGACGUGUCUUCGGAGGCCGUGGGAGCAUCUGGUCAACGUCCUGUUUUCUGCCCUGUCCACAAACAAGAGCAGUUAAAACUUUUCUGUGAAACCUGUGACAGGCUGACAUGCAGAGACUGUCAGUUACUGGAACACAAAGAACACAGGUACCAAUUCCUGGAAGAAGCUUUUCAGAACCAGAAGGGGGCAAUUGAGAACCUGUUGGCCAAGCUUCUUGAGAAGAAGAAUUAUGUMAACUUUGCAGCUGCCCARGUUCAAAAUAGGAUAAAAGAAGUAAAUGAAACCAACAAACGAGUAGAGCAGGAAAUCAAAGUGGCUAUAUUCACCCUCAUCAAUGAGAUCAAUAAAAAGGGAAAAUCUCUCCUGCAGCACCUUGAGAAUGUGACCAAGGAGAGGCAGAUGAAGUUAUUACAGCAGCAGAACGACAUCACWGGGCUGUCACGACAAGUGAAGCACGUGAUGAACUUCACCAAUUGGGCCAUUGCCAGYGGCAGCAGCACUGCCCUGCUCUACAGCAAACGGCUGAUAACGUUCCAGCUGCGGCACAUCCUGAAGGCGCGAUGCGACCCCGUCCCGGCUGCCAACGGAGCCAUCCGCUUCCAUUGUGACCCCACCUUCUGGGCCAAGAACGUCGUCAAUUUGGGUAACCUGGUCAUCGAAAAUAAACCAACCCCUAGUUACACUCCCAAUGUAGUGGUUGGGCAAACUCCUCCGGGGACAAACCACAUCAGCAAAACUCCAGGACAAAUCAACCUGGCCCAGCUUCGACUGCAGCACAUGCAGCAGCAAGUGUAUGCCCAAAAGCACCAGCAGCUGCAGCAGAUGAGGAUGGCCCAGCCAUCUGCAUCMGUGCCCAGGCAGAGCAGCCCUCAAGUCCUGCAGCAGCAGCCUCCCAGGUUGAUCAGCAUGCAGACCAUGCAGAGGGGUAACAUGAACUGUGGGGCUUUCCAAGCACAUCAGAUGAGAAUGGCUCAGAAUGCUGCUCGUAUUCCAGGAAUCCCACGCCACAAUGGACCUCAAUACUCCAUGAUGCAACCUCACCUUCAAAGACAACACUCCAACCCCGGCCACGCCGGGCCCUUCCCGGUGGUUUCCGUGCACAACACCACCAUCAACCCCACCAGCCCCACCACGGCCACCAUGGCCAGCGCCAACCGUGGCCCCACCAGCCCCAGCGUCUCGGCCAUCGAGCUCAUCCCGUCCGUCACCAACCCGGAGAACCUGCCCUCCCUGCCUGACAUCCCUCCCAUCCAGCUGGAAGAUGCUGGUUCCAGCAGUUUGGACCAUCUGCUGAGCAGAUACAUCACAGGCAGCCACCUCCCUCCCCAGCCCACCAGCACCAUGAAUCCCUCCCCAGGACCUUCAGCUCUGUCUCCAGGGUCAUCAGGUUUGUCCAACUCCCACACUCCAGUGAGGCCCCCCAGCACCUCCAGCACCGGCAGCAGGGGAAGCUGUGGCUCCUCAGGCAGGACUGCUGACAAAACUGGCCUGAGCUUCAAGGCUGACCAAGUGAAAGUGAAGCAAGAGCCGGGCACAGAGGAAGAGAUCUGCAGCUUCUCAGGAACAGUAAAGCAGGAAAAAACAGAGGAUGGCAGAAGGAGUGCUUGCAUGCUCAGCAGCCCCGAGAGCAGCCUGACACCCCCUUUAUCCACCAACUUACACCUGGAGAGCGAGCUGGAAGCACUGGGGAGCCUGGAAAACCACGUGAAGAUGGAGCCAGCAGAUCUGAGUGAGAGCUGCAAGCAGUCGGGGCACAGCCUGGUGAACGGGAAAUCGCCCGUGCGCAGCCUCAUGCACCGCUCAGCCCGGGCUGGGGGAGAGGGCAACAACAAGGAUGAUGACCCCAACGAGGACUGGUGUGCUGUGUGCCAGAAUGGGGGUGACCUUCUGUGCUGUGAGAAGUGCCCCAAGGUGUUCCACCUCACCUGCCACGUCCCCACGCUGCUCAGCUUCCCCAGUGGAGAGUGGAUCUGUACAUUCUGCAGAGACCUGAGCAAACCUGAAGUGGAAUACGAUUGUGACAAUUCCCAGCACAGCAAGAAGGGGAAAACAGCGCAAGGCCUGAGUCCUGUGGACCAAAGGAAAUGUGAACGUCUCCUGCUCUACCUGUACUGCCACGAGCUGAGCAUUGAGUUCCAGGAGCCAGUCCCAGCCUCGAUACCAAACUAYUAUAAAAUCAUCAAGAAACCAAUGGAUUUAUCCACAGUGAAGAAGAAACUGCAGAAGAAGCACUCCCAACACUACCAGACCCCUGAGGACUUCGUGGCCGACGUCCGAUUGAUCUUCAAGAACUGUGAAAGGUUUAAUGAAAUGAUGAAAGUUGUUCAAGUUUAUGCAGAAACACAAGAGAUUAAUUUGAAGGCUGAUUCAGAAGUAGCACAGGCAGGGAAGGCAGUUGCAUUGUACUUUGAAGAUAAACUUACAGAGAUCUACUCAGACAGGACCUUCCAGCCUUUGCCUGAAUUUGAGCAGGAAGARGAUGAUGGGGAAAUAACUGAGGACUCCGAUGAAGAUUUUAUACAACCACGUAGGAAACGCCUAAAAUCAGAUGAGAGACCAGUGCAUAUAAAGUAAUCUAAUGAUAUGGACCUAAAGUUUAUUGUAAAAACUGUUAUUUAAGUGUUCCUGGAAUAUUAUCAUGCCUGCAGUGGCCAUCUUGAAGAAGCUGAUAGCUUUUUAAACAGUAUUAGAGAACAAAAAACACUUGUACAGAAAAACAUUCGCAUCAAAAGGGGAAAAAAAAAAACUUAUUGUAAAUUUUUGGUGGUUUGUAUUUUUUUUUUCCUUGAUUCCUUGCUAUAUUCUUUCUUUUCCUGACGGAGGGGACCCCCCACUCAUCCUGGUCUCACAGACAGAGGUGGAGGAAAGCUGAAGAGCAGCAGAUUUAUAAGAGAUGUUCCGUGGACAGAUAAGACUGUGUUCUGCAGGACUGGACCAAUUCAGUGGCUGCACCUUGUGUUACACCUCGGUGUAAACUGUGAGCAGAGCUCCUGAAACCCCCUCCCCGUGCCCACCCAAGUGUGUGUUGCUCAUUGCUCUGAUCAUCUCAUCCGAGCAGGAUUGUGAAUAACUCUCUGUGUCCAUCCAGUCGUUGGCGUUUUGCUUUCGUUACUCCCAUUUCAUGUCGAGCGAAAGGAGAAAGAAAGAAAGAAAAAAAAAAAUCAUUAAACUGUUCUGAAUUGGCCAGUGCAGGAAUGUGAGGUUUUGGCAGAUGAAAGGCUCAGCUGGUGGCUACAACCUCUUUCAGGAUGAUGAGGUGUAAUUUAUUCAAGUCCUGUACCCAGAACAUUUUAAUGGCGUUUAUGGCAGAAGUCUCAGCGUUGUCACCUGUCCCUGACCCCCUGACGAGGCAGAAUGUUCUCUCCAGUAUUCAUUCUCUAGUUUUCUGUACUUAAAAUAUAGACUGAAGAGGUAAUAAACUGGUUGGGGUGUUUUUCCAGUCUUCCUAAAUAUCAGUUUCUAAUAGACCACUCGGCAAACAAUAACCUAUUAACUACCAAAUGUGUAAAAUUUCCUGUAUUCACUUUGUCUUAUUUGUAAAUAGUGAAUUGAGAUUUCUUGCAGAUCAGCAACAUUUGCUGAGCUGUUUUUAAGCUAAUAUGUAUUCUUAUUGAUUGUUCCUAUCAAGAAAAGAUUUGUAAUAUAUGCUAUUUCUAACAUUGCAUUCAUUUUGGAGGUUCUGUCUUAUUUUUUUCUUAGAGUACUUCUCAGAACUUUUCUUCAGAWGCAGCUUGUGAGGGAAAUUUCCAGAAAGAUUGGCAUCAGCCUGAGUUUGGGUUGCCUGUCCAUCCGUUUGAACAAAGCACUUGCACAGGGUUUGGCCUUGAGUGGUUUUUGGUCAGAUAGUGAAAWUUGAACAAUUUCCCAAUUCCCUCUGUAAGCCCUGAGGCGCCUCUGCAGUGCCUYCCCCUUGCACUGCCUCCAUCCCAGCAUUCCUGGUUAGAAAUCAUGGAAUCACGAGGAGUUCCAGCUUGAAGAGUUGGUUUCUUUGCUGGCACCAGUCAGUACUAGAAAGAGCAAAUAUAAUUCCUGGCUUUCUGAUCUUGUUAAAGUUGGAGAGUUCGUAUAAACCAUGAGCUCGAGUUGUUGGAGUCUGAAUUUGCCGUAAUUUGCGGAUCCAGCGAUUCCGUGGGGGAUCCCGGGGGUUUGGUGUGCUCAGCAAUUCCUGUGACACUCUACACCCUUCACCCUGGUGGGAAAGGGAAAUAUUUUAGCACAAUAUCCAAUGGAGAAACGCUCUCAGCAGUUUUUAUGCAAAUCACUGCGGAUUUGAUUUCUUUUGAUAAGAACCGGGGCUGUGGACCUUGGAGUUCUCCCUCUCUGGCAAUAAACGAAGGGGACUGAAGGUGUUUGUAACUUCCAGCUCACUUCUUUACUCAAAUGUUACACUUCAACCUCAAACCUGGGUUUGUUUUUAUCUCUCAGAUGUGAACGGUGCCGUUUUAAGUUUUCUUUUUUACCAGUUUGUCUGUGAAAGGAAAAAGGAAUUCCACUUGGACGUAUUAAAUGGACAAAGAGCAACAACUUUGCCCGUGGCAAGGCUGAACGUGUGUGAAUAGGACCUUGGUAGUGACAAGGGAUCAUUUCAUGGCUCUGUGUAUUGCCUGUUCAUGAAUUUCGAGUUCCUCAGCUUCAUUUUGCAAAAGGAAUAUUAUUAAAAUUAUCAUGAUAAUAAGAUUUCUGUGAACUUCUCUUCACUUGGGGCUCCCGUUUUUGUGGUGCUUUGGUACCUUCGGGCUUCUUCACUUUUUGAGCUAUUCUGUGGGCACUGCAGAGAGCCUGAGGCUUGGCCAGAGCGUGGGGUGGGCACAGGGGAUCCCAAAUGAAGCAGGGGGGACCCUAAAAUGGAGCAGAGUGGGAUCCCAAAAGGAGCAGGGAGAUCCUAAAUGGAGUAGGGGGAUCCUGAAUGGUACAGAGUGGGAUCCCAAAAGGGAGCCAAGUGGCAUUCCAAAUGGAGUACAGGGAGAUCCCAAAUGGAGCAGGGGGAAUCCCAAAAGGGAGCAGAGUGGGAUCUUAAAUAGAGCAGGGUGAGGUCCUAAAUGGAGCACAGGGGGAUCCUAAAUGGAGCAGGGAGUUCCUAAAUGGAGUAG